CUAGUGCUGUCCUCUACUAAUCAAACACUGAUUGAUGGGACAGUUGUCGUGCAAAACAAAGUGCUUUACUAUUAAAAGUCUAUUCAAUUGAAUACUUUGGUAUGUAUUGAAUGACUGAGCGAUGGCUGCCGUCAACAAUAUUCUCGUUAAGCGCCGAAAAAGUGACCAAAAGUCGGCCAACAAACCACUGACACACUUACCGAUUAUUAAGCCGACGCCCAAUAGCCAACCGAUUCCCGUAUUGGCCGACGACACGUCUAGCAGUCAGUUGUCGGCAAUGAUGACCUCAUCUCCGUCAGCGUUGUCGCGCAACAAUGCAUUUGCUUCGUUAGUCGGUGCGGCCACCAAUCAGUUUAACCAAUUCAAUAUGCAUGAGAUGCGAGCCAUUCCCGCCAAACGCCGCAAACAGGACCCGAAAACUGGUAAAGGAUUGAGACAUUUCUCGAUGAAGGUCUGCGAAAAAGUGAAGCUCAAGGGUUCGACCACUUAUAAUGAAGUGGCCGACGAACUCGUGGCCGAGUUCAGCAGUGACCCAAUUGCUUCGCGGGCCGCCUUCCAGGGCGGAUAUAUGCCUGGAGAUCAGGAACCGUUUGACCAGAAGAAUAUUCGUCGGCGAGUAUACGACGCACUCAAUGUUUUGAUGGCCAUGAAUAUCAUUUCCAAAGAGAAAAAGGAGAUCAAAUGGAUCGGACUGCCGACCAAUGCCGCACAGGAGUGCCUUGAAUUGGAGUCGGAACGGGAAAAACGGCUCGAGAGGAUCAACAUUAAGAAGCAACAGCUCCGGGAUCUGUUGCUCCAACAGAUUGCCUUCAAACAGCUGGUCGAUCGCAACAAGACUAUGGGUCUCGUGCCCGCCAACAAUGCUCUCAUUUCUCUGCCGUUUAUUAUCGUUAACACAGAAAAGAAAACAGUAAUCGAUUGCAGCAUUUCCAACGAUAAGACAGAAUACUUGUUCAACUUUGACAACACGUUUGAGAUACACGACGACAUCGAAGUACUCAAACGGAUGGGUCUGGCCUUUCAUUUGGAAAAAUUGGAAAAUGGCCAGUCCUUCGAUAGACAUGCACUCGAACGGGCCAAACAUAUAUUGCCCGAAGCUCUGAGGCCCGAACUCGAGGAAUUGAUUGACGAAAAAGACAUCAAAUUGGUUCCAACGAGUCCUCAAAAGGCCAGAGCUGUUCACUGAUUUGAUUUGAUGAGUGAUUAAAACGAUUUGUUUUUUUGGUGUUAUUUUGAUACUAAAAUCAAUGUUUGUUUUUAUUAUCAAUAUUUACUGAUAUCAUAUCCCAUAAAAAUCAAUUCAUUGAAUGAUAUAUUUAUUAUUAUUAUUA